UGUGCCGCGCGCCACGGCAGUUUUUCUGUCUCUUUCUCAUUUUGUCCGCCAGUCCCCAAGUGCUGUGUCACUGCCGUGAAUUGACAGGAGCCAGAGCACCGGUCGACUGAAGCCCACCUCGGUACGUGCCCGCAGAGAAGCCACCCCCAAGUGCAGGAUGCUACGGCGGAAACCCUCCAAUGCCUCAGAGAAGGAGCACGGAGAGAAGAAGAAGCUUUCUCUCCAGAGGUCCAGCAGUUUUAAGGACUUCAUGAAGUCCAAGCCCUCCUCCCCCAUGUCGCCAGACAAGCAGUUUACACUGGACGAAGCUGGGGAGACUGCAGAGAACACUGGGAAGAGCGCGGGUAAACUGGGCAGGAAGUGGAGGAACGUUAUCACACGCACCAUGACCCGCAAGACUUCCAAAAUGGUGCAGAAAACACUGGCAGAGGAGGGAAUGGAGAGCGCAGAGGAAGGCUCCAUGUCCCCCCUGUCUUUCGACGGGACGCCUGACCUGCGUCCAGGAAUGCGGAGCUCUGUGUGUUCCACUGGGUCGGAGGACACCAUGCAUAGCCCCAUACAGCGCCAGAUCUCCGGCUGUGGAGACAGGAGCAGCCUGGACAGCGGCUACAGUCAAAGAGACAGCAUGAGGCUGGAGGACGUGAGCCCCCCCUACAAUGGGCCCUUCUGUGGCCGAGCCCUCGUCCACACGGACUUCACCCCCAGCCCCUACGACUUGGAGACCCUCAAACUACAAAAAGGUGAUAUCAUUGACAUCAUUGAGAAGCCCCCCGUGGGCACCUGGACCGGGAGGCUCAACAACAAGGUGGGCUCCUUCAAGUUCAUCUACGUCACCAUACUGCCUGAGGAGGCCACACCCCCCAGGAGGAGGAGGAGGAGGUGCCACAGCAAUAACUGCAGGCCUAAACCCAAAUCCCUGGAGGAGGUCCUUGAGAGUAUAAACCUGACGGAACUGAGCUCCCUCCUGUCCAUGCACGGCUUCCAGAGUCUGGAGGACUUCAGGGGCCUGAAAGAGACACACCUAAAUGAGCUCAACAUCACCGACCCUGAACAGUGCAGCAAACUCCUCACUGCCGUUGAGCUCCUGCACGACUAUGACUCUGAGGAUGAGGAUGAGGUGGCAGAGGAGAAGAGCGCAGAGGCGGAGUCGAACGUACCUCGGGACUCGGGCUGCUUUGAGAGCUCAGAGAACCUGGAGAACGGCCGCGAAGAACCAGACUUGGAGCCGGAACCACAGAAGGAUUCCAAGGUCUCACUCUCCAGUGUUCAAGAGCAGAUGCAGGGCCUCACAGUGGAAGAUGAGGCCUGAAAGCUGAGGUUCCCAUCCCAAGACAGAACCUGUCGAUAAUGCCCUUUGUUCCUGGGGGAGGUGGGUGUGCGCUGGCGGAAUGAGAACAUUCUGGAGCCACUAUCUGCACAAGUCCAGGACUAAACCAAAAGCAAUAUGAAUGUCCACCAAUCAAUCAUGACUCUACUUUAUGGGUUUUUUCUAUGAGACAUUUGAGGUCUGUUUCAGAAACCAGGACAAUCCUUUUUCUGCUUUGAUAUGAAACGUUUUUGUACUUGAGAGCUUCAAACUUCUGUGGGAGCUCUAUUGCCAUAAUUGUAGUUACAUCGGAGGUAUCAUGCAUUUUUAAUUGCACAGCCUGAGAUGUGUUAAACAGUUAUUUCAGAUGUACAGAUUUGGUGGAUUGCUUCCAAUA